GCUCUGCUCCUGCGCAUCUGCUCUAGUCGACCAGCAUCUCGCAUAGCCGCUAAAAAAAAACUUGCAAGAGCCGAGCUAUGCUCCUGUGCGAGACAGACGAACUCCUUCUCGACGUCUUCGACCCGCCGCCGCCUUAUGAAGAGGAAGAAUACGACGUCUAUCUCCUUUGGCCGUCGCACUCGCCGCCGCUGCUCAUACCUGCUCCGUGUAACGCGGAGCUCGACCCCUACGCGGUCCACAGAAGCCCAGUUGCGGCACCCGAGUGUGGAGUCGCAGGUUUACGGCCACCUCAUUUCCUGACGAACAACAACAGCGGCGGCGCACCGCCAACAGCCUCCAGGUUGAGCACACGACCGCCAUAUUUCCAUCUCUCUUUUCCAACGCCUCACAGACGGCAAGCUGUUGAGCUGGACGCGUUGGCUCUUCCGCCGCGCAAUCUUGAAAGUUCGUUCUUCGAGGAGCCCGCCUUCAUUGAAGAUGAUACAUCUCAGCAGUUGGCGGACAUUGGCUACAGCAAUCUCUUCUGUUCGGGCUUGGCGUUAAAGUCACGCCAGCUCACGAAACAACUUGACACGCUCUACCGAAAGAUUCAGCAUGCCUUCAAAACCUUGACGGUAACGCGCACGCAACGCGGCGUGUAGUUGCAGUUUGAAAGCCCACGCUCACACCUCUUGAUUCACUCUUGUUGCACGCCGUUUGAAACGGUGAGGUCGGAAAGUCGGAAGCUCGGUCUGCUUGCAUCGUGUUCCUUGGUCUGCUCUUCAUUCUUCUUGGUCACUCUCUUGGUCACUCCUCGUACACGCUCGUUGCUGUCUGAUCCUUUCUUGUUGCGAACAUCUUCUUGGUCACACGUUUUCUUGCACACUUCUUGCUGUCCUCUGUACAUAUAUCUUGCUAUCGGCAUAUUGUCUUGCACAUCUUGCUGUCUUCUUGGUCAUACUGUAUCUUGCUGUCGCUGCAUCUAAUCACCAC